AUGUCUUCAAAUAACGGUAUGAUUCGCCAAGUUCUUGACAAACUCUAUGGACAUGUUCUGGAAAUCAUAGAUAGUGUGCCUGAUGACGGCCACAUAGAUCUCCAUGGCCUCGAAAAUGUUGAACAUGUGAUGGACUUCGAUUUCGAGCACUUGGAGGAAGGACUGGUCCCUCCACUCUACUUUGAACCGAUGCAGUCCGCUGACUUGAAAAUGUUCCCACCUGACCCUAUCCAUGUGCGCCGCAUGUUCAAUAUAGACGAGGAGCAGACCCACGAUGGCUUUCUAGUAUCGACUUCCUCCCGUUGCCGUCAGAUUUCAAAGGUCAUUUCAAUCCAUGCAACUGGAAAAGCAAUGUCUCAUCAAAACCUCCAGGUUGUUGUGCAGCCUGACAGUACCUUUUUUCUGGAAGCGAACCUCGUAAGACCUUACGGCAGAACAGGUUGGUGGAGAAAUUAUCUUGCGGUAGAGCCAAAGCCUGUUGAUGGGAAUGAAUACCCCCAUAUCGCCCUCCACCUUGUUGUUAAAAUGGAGGCUCGCGAAAACUCAAUCCUCUUUUCUGAAUUUAGUACAUUGGUUAAAGCCAUCCGAGGUCGCGCACAACAACCAAGGAUCGAUUCAGAGUCAAAACGGAUGGAAUCUUAUAAUCGAGACGAGGCCGGAGAGGAUUACAGAGACAUCUUACCCCAGCCGUGGUCACUCACGUUCCCUGAUGAGCAAACCUUCCCUGUACUGCUCAUUUCAUGUGUCCUUCCACAGCAUGCCAGGAUCUUCGCUGCAUGUAUGUAUCAAGGAAAGCUGGUUAUUAGACAGUCGAAGCUUUAUAGCUUUGAAUGGAGAGAUAAGGCACCGGUUGAGUUGUUUACUCGGGUUUUUCUCAGUAAGCCGGUGGAUACCAGCGGCGAGACUGAUCUUUAUUAGGGAUUUGCUGCGCU